AUGCAAUCUUCACAACUACGUCCCUUGACCGAAGCUGCCGCGGCUGGUGACAUGGAGGAAGUUAAUCGCCUUCUGGUCGACUCGGCUGCCAUCAACAUCCAUGACUCCGUGGUCCAGGACAAAUUCUACGCAAUGCGUACUGCGGUAGAGAAGGACUAUCGAUGGAUCGUCUAUCUUCUCCUAGCAAGAGGCGUGAAACCCUCCCCAUUCGACUUCUGCACGGCCGUGAAGAAUCGCUCGUACACGAUCCUCGAGCUCAUGUUGCACAAUGGCUUCGAUAUCAACGCAGCCUACCGAGAUGAAUACCCUCCAUUCUGGGCCGAUGCCCUCAAUGACUCGGAGAUGGUCCGCUGGCUCGUUCAGCGCGGCGCCGAUCCUAACGUCCCCUCUAUAUACGGCAUCACACCUUUCACCAUGGCUGUCCAAUCCGCUUCCCGCCAGACUAUCAAACUCCUUCUCGAGCUUGGUGCGUCAGUCCAACAUGGCUACCCUCUACAUUCUGCAGUUUGGAACAACCGUGAAGACGAGGUCGUCGAGCUCCUUUUGACCAAUGGCGCAUCGCCUAAUACCAUCGAGUUCAAAGGGCAACCGAGAGCAUACUAUGACGUGGUCACUGCCGUCGGAACACCGCUCCAUGUGGCCUAUCGUGUUGGCAAUCACAGACUGGUCCGACUUCUCCUCGAGUAUGGCGCGGACCCAAACAUUCGGGAUGCGCGAGGCAUGCUUCCAAUCCAGGUUCACAAACUCAGUGCCUCAAUGUGA